UGAGAGACUGCGAAACUGCAGUCGCGUUGCAUAACUGAAGCCUCGAUGAGUACGAGCAAGUGACUUGUCUCAAGUGGAAGAGAAGAUAGCGCCAUCUGAACUGACGCUUGUUGAUAGCUGAGUUGGGGCGCUCCUACACAGGAAUGACGUGACUAAUAAGCUGGGAAUGUGGAGGCAGGGUGGGGAAUAAAAAGGACUUGCUGUGCAAUGCAAUCCAGCGAUCGCUCUACUUUCUUGCUGGCUUCCUGCAGACAACGUGCAGAAUCUCUGGAACGAGUCAAGCUUGAAAAUCACUCAACGUCAAGCAUACAGCAUACGAGGGGAGCGCACACCGACCCUUCGAACACAUCCAAAUAACUGGGAAACCUUCCAUCAUCGCUGGUGGGCCAUGGCUUCCGGCUCGAUGCAGCCCGUUGUGGCAGCAAAUAAAUCGAUUCUGACACCGGUCAUGACUUUGGAGGGUCAUGAACGAUUCACUUACGACUGGAAUGGCGAGCGAGGCCUAUGCCGCGAAAUUGGAACCAUCUCCUACUUUCCGGAUGGCAAACAAAUGAUCAGCGGAGCUCUGGACAAGACCAUUCGGCAAUGGGAUUUGCAGGAGGGAAAGGAGAUUGAGGAGGUGCGGGAUGUUUGUGAGCAGAGUGUAGAUAUAGUGGAGGUAUCUAGGGAUGGUCGAUGGGUUGUCACUGUUGAUGGAGGUAACUAUACCGAGGGAGGGAAGCUCAAAGUCUGUGAGGUUGAGACAGGCAUCGUGAGAAUAUUUCAAGCUCACUCAAAGUCAUGGUGGAUCCAUUUCAUUGAUAUCUCCCCGGACAGCACGCUGGUCGCGGACGGGUCGGAUCACUACACAUUGGAUGAUAUUAGAAGCAGUGCAACGCGGAUAUGGAGUUUGGACACGGGCAAACUCGUGGCUGGUCCAUUCAAGAAUGAUUAUGGCCUGGGCUCAGUUCGAUUCUCGCGAGACUCGAAGAAGCUCGCGGUCAUGUCAAAUGCAGCGACGCGCCUUGAUGUGUGGGACGUCCAAACACAGAAACUAGUUGUCUCGGUUGGGAAUUCCGGCGUCCUUGGGACAUGUCCGCCAGUGUUCUGGACAACGCAAGACAAAACCAUCGUAGCUGCGUUUAGCUUCAACGCGGACAUCUUGCAUGAGCCCAAUACGAUCAAUGAGUUUGAUGCGUCGACACUGGAGAUUGUCGGAGCUCCCUUCAAAGGGCACACCUAUCCCGUCAGUGGUCUAGCACUUUCAUUUGAUUGUGCUCUCCUCGCUAGCACUGCCCAGGACAACACCAUCAAGCUCUGGGCCUUCCAGUCUCGCCAGCUACUCGCCUCCUUUGUCAUCCAGUGUCCCGAACGUUUUAUUUACUCACCCAAUUCACACCAACUGGCUUACACCUCCUGGGGUGAUACCAAGAUCUACAUAUAUGACAUUCCACUCGACAUCCUUGCUAGAAUUCGGCCCACAGCACAAGAAAAGCCUAGUACAAGUGCAUCCAAAAUUCCCGAUCUACUCGACUUCGACGCAACACGUCGUGCCGUGCGCCGUAACCCAGCGAUACCGCGUGUCAUAUCUCGCCCUCCCAGACCUCCUCCUGCAAGGGACCUACAACAACAUGGAUUCUUUCGCUACUUCCGCAACCUCCUUCCUUCUCGCACGAAUGUUGAUCAGCCCCGUGAUUUUCUAGAUGUAUAUCUUUUGUACCUGUUUCCUUUGCAGCUGAUUUAAUCAUCCUCUUCCAGUUUCCUGCAACAUUUCCCCUACCUCGCAAUCUCUCUCCCUCGGCGCAGGUCAUGGCUCAGGGGCCUUCACAGACAAAUCCCUGCCAGAACUCUCGAUCUAUGCCACCGCUGUCCACCGCCCAACCGGGCCAAUCCUUGACUACCGCUCUU